UGAAGGUUUGGAAGCGGAAGUGUAGUAUUUUGCUAACUGAAUAGUAAUUUUGCUCUGUGCGUGAGAGAAAGGGAAGAAAAGGGGUAGUCCAUAGCGAAGUGCUGCUGGGUUGGAAGAAGGGUACGAGGUACUUUUUUUUAUUAAUAUUGUUCGUACACUCUGCCCGUUUCCACCUCUUUAUCCUGGCGAAAGGUUGAACGGUUAAAAUGGAGGCGGAUAGAUCCGGCGGAGGACCAAACCCGAACUCCGGAGGCGGCGGCAGCAGCAGCGGAGCGGGGCGCAACCCAAACGGGCCCAAAGCAGCACCGGGCCAGCCGACAUCAGCUGCGGCGACCGGAGCGUUGGCAGCAGCCGUGGCCAUGGCCGGGUCGUCGCAGGCUCGUGAGCUACAGGACGGGGACUCGUGUAUGACGCUUCCUGGGAUUCUUCACUUCAUCCAGUACGAGUGGGGACGCUUCCAGGCCGAGAAAUACCGUUGGGAGGCUGAGAGAGACGAACUCAGGGCUCAGGUGGCGUUCCUACAGGGUGAGAGGAAAGGACAGGAGAAUAUGAAACAGGACCUGGUGAGGCGGAUUAAAAUGCUGGAGUACGCCCUCAAACAAGAGAGGACUAAGCACCAGAAGCUGAAGACAGGAAGUGACCAGAGUCCAGGAGACAAGAAACCAGAGACAGAGGCAGACCAGCUUCCCAAUGGGCCGGCUGAUUCAGACUCUGAGCCAGCCAAUCAGAUGUCCUGGAAGGAGGGUCGUCAGCUACUACGCAAAUAUCUUGAGGAAGUGGGUUAUUCAGACACCAUCCUGGACAUGCGGUCUAAGCGUGUGCGCUCGUUGCUGGGGCGGAGCAGCCCCGAGGCUAACGGGCCUCCGCCCAGUGAAACCUGUCCUGAGCCUGAGCCCCGGGCAGGUGGAGAAUCGUUGUUGGUCAGACAGAUAGAGGAACAAAUCAAGAGGAACGCGGGCAAGGAAAGCUCUAAGGAAAGUCUUGGUGGCUCGGUGCUCGAUAAGAUCCCCUUCCUGCAUGGCUGUGAGGAUGAUGACGAAGACGACAGUGACGAGGACGAUGACUUCCAAGGCAUGGCCACUGACUGCAUCGAUGGAUCGCACAAGAACAAGAAGUCUCGUGUAAAGAUGGGUACGGAGCCCAUGACCACAGACCUGGACCCGGAGGACGAGGAGGACGAAGACGACUCGGAAGAUGCCCUCAGUGAAUUUGACUUCCUGGGCUCGGGGGAGGAUGGGGAGGGGGCGGGAGAGGCCCGGAUCUCGGGGGACGGACGGGAGUUGGGUUCAGAGAACCGCAGGAACAAGUUACAAGGCAUGAUGUCGGACUUCCCCCCCUAAACCACCCCGCCCCCCUCUGUAUCGGGACAGGCUCGCUCCGGGAAAGGUGGCGCCCUGGGUUUCUCCUCUGACGUCUUCAUUAUGGAUGCCGUUGGAGGAGGGGACAUGAACCUGGGUGAACUGGCUGAUCUCACCGUUGCCAAUGACAACGAUCUCUCCAUGGAUAUGCAGGAUAACAGAGAUGAGUUCAAGAAGACGUGGAACCCUCGUUUCACACUACGUAGCCACUUCGAUGCCAUCCGCGCUUUGACCUUUCACCCCAGCCAAGCGGUGCUGCUCACAGCCUCUGAGGACGGAACACUAAAACUGUGGAACCUCAACAAGGCCAUGCACUCUAAAAAGAACGCAGCGUUGGAUGUUGAACCUAUCUACACAUUUAGAGCACACAGUGGAGCGGUUCUAUCUCUGACCAUGGGCGAGGACGGAGACUCCUGCUACAGCGGGGGUCUAGAUGGAACUAUCAGAUGUUGGAAGAUGCCAGACCUAAAUGUGGAUCCUUACGAUAACUAUGAUCCUGGCAUCGAGAGCAGUGUACUAGCCGGCCACGACGACAGCGUGUGGGGUCUAACUUACUCUGCAGUUCACCAUCGUCUUGCCUCGUGCUCAGCCGAUGGCACCAUUCGCGUCUGGGACCCCCAGAACUCGGCUCCCUGCCUGUCAGUCUUCAAUAAGGAGAAAGAGCACGGAACACCCACCUCAGUAGCCUUUGUGGCCACUGACCCCAACCAGGUGGUGGUGUCAUUUGACGCUGGUGAGACGCUGCUCUACGACCUCAACACAGAGCAGAGCAUCACUGCGCUUGAGACACAGACCAAGGAUGGCAGUGAGCUGAUCAACCGUGUGGUCAGUCACCCAUCUGAGCCCGUCUCCAUCACUGCACAUGAGAACCGCACCAUCCGCUUCCUAGACAACAAGACAGGUAAAGUUGUCCACUCAAUGGUGGCUCACCUGGAUGCGGUCACCUGUCUCACUACAGACCCUAAAGGCACUUACCUCAUCUCUGGCAGCCACGACUGCUCGGUGCGCCUGUGGAUGCUGGACAACAGGACUUGCGUGCAGGAGAUCACGGCUCACAGGAAGAAGCACGACGAGGCCAUUCAUGACGUGGCCUUCCACUCUUCACAGCCCUUUAUCGCCAGCGCCGGCUCAGAUGCACUUGCCAAGAUCUUUGUCUGAAAGCACUGUUGCCAUUCUGAGUCCAGCAAAAACAACUGGGCAAAACAAGACUCAAGACUACAGUGGACAAAUUUCACCUGCUAAUAUACACACACACACACACACACACACACACACGCACACACUUGUCCUGCACCCCACUGGCUGGGUCAUCGCCACAGGACGUCAACUCCCCUUACUUCCUCACUGUUCUCUGAUGCCUCAGUGACUUCUUGUAAUACUAAUCACACUGCUUUUUUUUUAUUUUAUAAAAAAAAAAACUGUCUGCUCCUUUUUUGAAUAAUCAUGUUUGGAGUAACACUUUUCUACACUACAAUAUUCUGUUUUGCUUCUUCUUCUUUUUUCUUCUUCAUUCUACCAACACUUAUUACAAACGUGUGUGUGUGCGUGUGUGUGCUGCUGACACACUACUCACAUUUUCCAGGGAAACCAACGAGGAAACUCGCACAGCACACAUGAUGCACCACUGCAUUUUAUUUGAGAUACUUUUUUUUUUUUUUUAAACAGAUUGCUUGUGACUAACAUAAGUAUGGUAGGCAUGACUAACAGUUAACAGUUAUCUUUCCCAGUGUCUGCAGAAAACACCUGACCAACCUCCUCAUUGGGAACCAAUGUAUUACAUUCCAAAGACUCCAGGUAGAGUGUGAGUGAUGAAUCGUAUUCUAGGUUGUUGAACUUAGUUGUGUGUGUGAUGUGAGGAGAACUAGCUUUAAUUUCAACUUUAUGGCCAAGUCUGAUUGAAUGUCUGAGAAUUAUUGUGUGUGUGUGUGUGUGUGUGUGUGUGUGUGUGUGUGUGUGUGUGUGUGUGUGUGUGUGUGUGUGUGUGUGUGUGUGUGUGUGUGUGUGUGUGUGUGUGUGUGUGUGUGUGUGUGUGUGUGUGUGUGUGUGUGUGUGUGUGUGUGUGUGUGUGUGUGUGUGUGUGUGUGUGUGUGUGUGUGUGUGUGUGUUAAAAUGUCUGUCUGCUGUACAAGAAAAAUUCACAUAUUUCCGAGAUCAUGGUCCAUUUCUACAGAUGUACAGUGUAAACUCUGGACAUUGAUGCUUUCACCCCAAAUUAAAGAGUUAAAGAUAGAUGCAGUGCUGUCAAAGUCUGGUAGUGAGGACAGUCGUGCGUGCUCUCAACAAAUGACACACACAGUUUGUGUCAUUUGGUGCUUUUACUGUACAGAAGGGUAGGUGUGUGUGUGUUUGUGUAUGCACUAGUUAAAUCACGGUGUUAUGAAAGACCUUGUCAGUCUUGAGUCCGAAUCAGGGACCUCUUUCGUGUGUGUACAUGUGAAAAAGAGAGACCGUUUCUCACUCAUCGGGCUUCAGAGUGAAUCUGACAGUUCAUUGUCGAAAUCAUUUCAUUACCCGUGGUCACAUUUCAGAAUGAACGGUCACUGUAAUGUCAGGAGUGUACAGAGCUGAUAAUUAUAUUACAGUGAGGACCACUUAGACUGAAAACCCUUCCUCAGAUCAGAGCUGUUCGGGUCGUCUUUUUAAUUUCAUUUUCAAGUCGGUGCCAGUUUGUAGGUGGUGCUCGGUUCUGGCUUGUUAUUUAUUCAGGCUUUCAAAAAAAAAAAAAAUAAGGGAAAAAAAAAAAACCUUGACAUUGACUUCACUUGUGUGUUGAGGCGAGGUUCCCUCGUCUUGUUUUUGACGUGCAUCAGUUGCACAGUAGCACAUUACCCAAGAAGCUGGUCACCUCUUUUUGAAGAGGCAUGCUGGGAGAAAAUGGCCCCAUGAGGAGAAAGAGGAAAGUCAUUUUAAAUUCAGCCACUUUUGUCAUUUAAGAAAAAAGAAAGGUCUGAUUUUAGAUCUGUGGGUGUCGGUUGAUAUAAGUAGCAUGACUCAGCACCUAAUCUGUCUUGUUAUGGUUCCGCUGUUUUGAACGUAACCCAGAGAAUUUGGCUUAGGUGGAAACAUCGUUCCUCUGAGACACCUCCCAUCUAUCUCGGUCUGUCCCGUUUAUUUGCUGUAGGUCACUUAACAGCUGACCUGACUUCAAAUGACUUAACCGGUAAUUUCAUUUUAUUGCCUUGAGAAGAUAAAAAUGUGGUUUUAAAUCAGUUGGUUAAAGGGCACACUCCACCUCUUCAAGAUUACAGGAUCCCACUAGUUGUCAGAAGUCAGAUCUAAAGGUUCAAAGUAUCCUAGAGGUAAAUGCUCCUUUCCUAAACACUGGGGACACUAGCAGUCAUAGUUUACUGAGGCGGGGUGGAGGGCUGUUGUCUGAAAUUAGACAAGAUCUAGGUGCAAAUACAUCGUUGUACUGCUGCUGGACAUGAUGUCCUGUUCUCACAUUGAACUACUAUUUGGCUCCACUUUGCACUACAUCUAAUCGUGGAUGCUUCUGGUGAGGAGUGGUUACAGACAGGGUGCAGAAAUAAUGCUUUUUGCCUAUAUUUCUUCUACAAUCUGGAAUAAAUACUACAAGGGGUAGAACCUGCUGUGGCUCAGUUAUGCUAUAGUGAGAGUAAGAGAUGGCCCCUCUCUGAGACUUAAGACAAAUCAGUAUGACACAUCAAAAAAGAAAAGAAGGAAUCAAAACAGAGGUUGUAAAUGAUGACUAGAGAUGCCGUCACGUGCUGUAAAUGUCCAUCAUUCCUUGUUUUCUUUCUUGCAUUUCUUUUUCUUUGAUUAUGAUUAUUAAGAUGUAAGAAUACUGUAGUAUCAUAAGUGAAUCAUUCUUCCUUGCUAGGCAUAGAACUUGCUUGUGACUGAUAAUGACAAUGUAUAACUUGUAAAAAAGCAAAAUGAUUAAAAAACCUGAAAAAUGAAGAAAAUAGUUUAAAAAAAAAUCUGUUACCAGUCAGAGGCCAAGGUAAAGGACUCUCAUUUCUUUGUGUUUUUAUUUUUUUAUUAGCAAUUUAUCACUGUGUGAUAUUUUGUACAUCAUAUUAAGCUGUAUUCAAACUAUUUCCUCUAACUACAAGGGAUAAGAGACCUGCUUUUUAUUAAUUUUGUUUUAUUAUAUAUUUUUGAACUGCAUUCUAGCUUGUAUCAAAUGACUUUUUCUUUUUGUUUACGGGUCCCCUGUUGUACGUCAUUAAGGAAGAAAAAACAAAAAAAUGAAGAUUUUGUACAGUGAA